AUGCGUUUCUCCGCCUUUGGCGGAGGGACUUUGAGUCUUUCAAGUUUGCUGCUGUUUGUCUGUCUAGCGCCUGCAGCGGUCCUUCCACAACCAACAGAUCCCCAGGCAGAAGCAGCAGCAGCCACAGCAGCAGCAGCAGCAGCAGCUGCUGCUGCUGCUGCUGCGAGUGCCGCAGCAGAGUCAGCCACAGCAGUAGAAGCAGCAUUGGCGGCCACCCAGCAGCCCGACGGGUACAAUCAGGGGCCGCAAGAACAGCGGGAGCGCCAGCUGCAGCAACAGGAGCAGCAGCAGCAGGAGCAGCAGGAGCGACAGCAGCAGCACAGCGACGCGUUCUCGCUGCUUUGGUUGACAGACAUUCAUUUAGACCCUUUAUAUGACCCCAAGGGUCGCGUCUCGAACUUCUGCCACGUGCGCAAGCCACGUGGUGCUGUUGCUGCAGCAGCAGCAGCCGCUGCUGCUGCUGUUGCUGCUGCUGUUGCUUCCCCCCGGCAACCAUUUCAGAGCCCUGUGCUGCUUAUGCGCAGCCGCAGAUUGAUGGCUCUUUUGCUGUCGAGGGACAGACAGCAGCAAAAGCAGCGCCAGCAGCAGCAGCAGCAGCAGCACGUUCACAGCACCUAUCCCCGGCAGCAGCAGCAGAAGCAAAGGAGGAGACGCCGUGGCCAACGGCAGCAGCAGCAGCAGCAGCGCAGGAGAAGGCGUUGGGGUUUAAAUCACCGUGACUGGCGACGUCGCAGCGCAGCAGCAGCAGCAGCAGCAGCAGAAGCAGAAGCAGCAGAGACGAACCCGGAGCUGGGCCGUGCUGGCUGCGACUCUCCUCCUGCCUUGGUGAAGAAGGCAUUAAACUUUGCUGCUGCUCUUUCAGCUCCAGCUGUGUCUGCUGGAUCAGGGGCGCCUGCAGCAUCUCCUGCUGCUGCUGCAGCACCUGCUGCUGCAACUGGGGUGUAUACGCUGCCUCCCGUUGCUGCGUUGCUGCUGACGGGGGAUUAUGCCGCUCAUUACCCGGACUCGCAACUGGAAAAUAGGAAGGAGGCGUUGCGUCAGUGGACCCGCCUUUUGUUUGAACAUUUUCCGCAGCCAUGCAGCGAAGUAGCAGCUGCAGCAGCAGCUGGAGGAGCCUCCGCCGAUGUACAGCGGCAGCAGCAGCAGCAGCAGCAGCAACAGUGCAUGCAGCUGCUGCUGGUGGCUGGUAACAACGACAUGCCGAUUGAUUAUAUAAUUCCUAAAGAAAACUCCGACUGGAUUUACUUCCUCUGGGAUUUGUGGGGAAAGGCGCUGCCCCCCGAGGCCAAGGAGGCGCGGAAGAAGCUGCAGCAGCUACGCCAGCAGCAGCAGCAACAGCAGCAGCAGCAGCAGCAGCAGGCACAAGGAGAGACAGACAACGCAGCAGAAGAGCAGCAAUCUGACGCAUAUGGCUUCAACAACCAGGAGACAGAAGAGACAGGGCUCUCUCAAGAAGAGAUAGACCCAGCUGGACAGUUUGAAUGGAUGGAGCAGCAGCUGCAGGAGGCGCGAGAGAGAGGGCAGCAAGUGGUUAUAGCAGGGCACAUCCCUCCCGGCUUCGACUCCCACCUGGGUUUGGGUUUCUCUCAGAUGAGCUUGUGGCAGCCGCAGUACACCGAAAGGUACCGUUCUUUAGUGACUCGCUUCUCAGACGUUCACUUGGUGGAGGCCUUCGGCCAUAUUCACUUUGGGCGUUUGAGGGCUUUAUUACCAAAGGAAGAGGAGACAGAUGUCCCCUUUGCAGCAGCAGCAGCAGCAGGAGCAGCAGCAGCAGCAGAUGCCUCUUCAUCAGAAGCAGCAGGAGCAGCAGUGUUGCUGGGGGCCCCUUCUUUGUCUCCUAUUCACGGGAAUAACCCUGCUAUUGGGGCCUUGGUGUUUGGUGGUGCUGCAGCAGAGAAGCAGCAGAGAGAAGAAGAAGAAGAAAAGGGACAAGAAGAAGAAGGAGAGGCGCAGUUAGACAAACAAAAACAAAAAAAGAGUCUCCGCAUAGCCUUGAAAGAUUAUGUGCAAUUCAGUUUGCCUUUAUAUGGAUUCGUGGGCCCCUGGGCACCCAGCAGCUCUGCUGCUGCUGCUGCAGCAGCAGCAGCAGCAGCAACAACAGAGCCUAAGUUUAGUUUUGAAUACAGCUUGCAGCAAACCUUCUCUCCCUUUAUUGAAGCUGAGGGCUGGCCUUUGAUGUCGCGAAGGAGGAGACAGCUGCAGGAGACAGCAGCAGGAGCGGGUGCAGCAGCAGGAAAGGAGACAGAAGAAAGAGACAGAGUUGUAGACGGGGAGACAGCAAUUCAUCUUGGCUUAGCUGUUAAUACUUCUCCUAUUGCUUUUGCUCUCUAUGAUUGGCAUGCUGCAGCAGGCGGCCUUCGAGUGUCUAGCAGAGUACGCAGCUGUGAGAUUACUUCAGUCUCUGAAGAAGAACUUGCACGCUGUCUUCUCACCCACAAGCCCUAA